AUGGCAGCUGUGAAUCAAGAUGAAGUCCGCGCGCUCGAUCGUGUUCGCCAGCGCCUUCAAACAUUUGCCAAUACCCUUGGUGCUCUCCGCCAAGAUCUUGAGAAGAGUGACCGGAUACCGCCAUGGCCGAUCCUCUCCGAUCAAAUCCAAACCGCAACCCGCACCCUCAGCACCCUCCAAGAAACCCUCUCCGAAAACUCCGCCUUCCUGGCCCGCGCCCACGCAUAUCCCCUGCCCUCCUUCCCCGGCCGCACCCAAGAAGGCCUGCUCCAGCAACUGCUGCGCAAGAAGCUCGACCCCAGCAUCGAAGACGCGAUCGCAGAUGCCAGGAAAGAAGCUGCUCGCUUCAUCGAUGGGGUUGAUGGGGUUGAUGGUGGGGUCAGUGGAGGGACGAGCAGUGCAGACGGGAAUGAGGGGGGCAAGCUGGGCGAGCACGACCUCUCGGAAAUCUGGCUCUGGGCUGGCCCCGGCGAAUCCGAGAUCGCGCACUCGAUCUUCUCCGGUCCUGAACUCAUGGACGAGGACGACGACGAAGACGAUUCAGGGGACGAGGAUGACGAGGUGGAGAGUGCGGCUGCGACGCCGGCGGGCAGGGCAAGGGAGCCGGCUGCGGGCAAUCAGGCGCCGAAUAUGGAGCUGUUUCUCAGGUUCAUGAGUACGGGGAGAGAUCCGGAGGUCAUUGCGAGGGAUUUGCAGAGGGAGAGGGAGGUGCAGAGGAUGGUGGCUGGGAAGGGGAGAAGUGCGGAUGUGGCGGGACGGCCGUAG